AUGAGAAUUGAAGAACUCAUCCUCGAUGGCUUCAAGUCAUAUCCUGUCAGAACCACUGUAACAGGCUUUGACGAGUCAUUCAAUGCUAUUACCGGAUUGAACGGUUCGGGUAAAUCGAAUAUUUUAGAUGCGAUAUGUUUCGUAUUGGGUAUCACGAAUAUGCAGUCUGUCCGGGCAAACAAUUUGAUGGACCUGAUAUAUAAAAGAGGUCAAGCCGGUGUGACGAAAGCGAGUGUAACUAUAGUCUUCAAUAAUCAAGAUAGGAGUAAAUCACCGUUAGGAUUUGAGAAUGCACCUCAGAUAACGGUUACCAGGCAGAUCGCCGUGGGUAAUAUCUCAAAAUACCUACUUAACGGACACAAAUCGACGUUACAAGCACUUCAAAACUUAUUUCAAUCGGUACAGCUGAAUAUCAACAAUCCCAAUUUCCUGAUUAUGCAAGGUAAAAUUACGAAGGUGCUGAAUAUGAAACCUGCAGAGAUAUUGGGUAUGGUCGAGGAAGCUGCCGGAACGAGAAUGUUCGAAGAGAGAAAGGAUAAGGCUGUAAAGACCAUGGCGAAGAAGGAUAAGAAAGUUGAGGAGAUUGAAAGUUUACUACGCGAAGAGAUCGAUCCGAAAUUAGAAAAAUUACGUGCAGAGAAACGAUCAUAUUUAGAGUAUCAAAAGACAACAUCGGAACUUGAAAGGUUGACUCGUCUGGUCAAAGCUUACGAAUGGACUAUAUCAGUUGAGAAAGCUCAGAAAGCAGCUGAAAAUCUGAAAUGGAAGCAUCAUGAUAUCGAAGCUGCGAAAGAGGAUGUUGAGAGAGGUGGAAGGGAAUGUAAGGGUAUGGAAGAGGAAUUAGAAGAGAUUCGAAGAAAAAGAGAGAAAGAAAUGGCAAAAGGGGGAAAAAUCUCUGAUCUCAGUGAUGCUGUUAAUAACCUCGAUCGGGAAUUGGUCAAAGUGAAAACUCAGAUUGAGAUCAUAGAGGGAACUCUGAAAGAUGAUGUUAAGAGAGUUGAUAGUGCUAAGAAAGCUGUCAAAGAGACUGAGAAAUCGCUUGGAGAUCGACGUAAUCAAACCACCAAAGACGCCGCAGCAUUUGCUGAGCUCAAGUCAGCUUAUGAUGCAGGACAAGCUGAGCUUGAAAAACUCGAAGAAUUACUUCAAUCGCUCAUCACUGGUUUAUCAUCGAACAAAGAAGACGAUGAGAAUGCUGGAGGAUAUAUGGGUCAACUGGCAGAAGCUAAAGCUAGAUUAGCAGCAGCUGGUACAGAAGCUGAACAAGCGAAAGUCAAAAUGGGAUUAGCCGAAAAGGAAAUCAAAGAGAAAGAACCUCGAGCUAAGAAAGCUGAAAAGGAAGGUGCAGGAUUGAUCCAGGAACUUACUAGCAAAAAGGCUUUGGUGGAAAAGUUGAAGACACAGGUGGAAAGUGCAGAUUGGGAUGAGAAUAAGGAGAGAGACUUGUUGGACACUCAAGCUGAACAUCAGACGAAGAUCACUGAACUUAUGGAGCGACGAGAUGCACUCAAGUCACGACUUGCAGCUAUAGAUUUUGGUUAUUCCGAUCCUGAGCCCAACUUUGAUCGAAGUAAAGUCAAAGGUCUGGUGGCCACUUUGGUCGACCUCGAUCAAGCCAACUUCAAGUCUUCUACUGCACUAGAAAUCUGUGCUGGAGGGAAGUUGUAUAACGUUGUCGUGCAAGAUGAGAAAGUCGGUUCUCAAUUACUUGAGAAAGGUAAAUUGAGGAAACGAGUCACUAUCAUUCCGUUGAACAAAAUCAACGCUUUCAAGAUCUCUGCCGAGAAACUCGCUUCAGCCAAACAAGUCGCACCUGGUAAAGUGAACCUCGCACUUGACCUGGUUGGUUAUCCAGACGACGUUUCAGCAGCUAUGGCCUACGUAUUUGGCGAUACCUUCAUCUGUGCCGACAAACAAGCAGCUCAGGCAGUGACCUUCAACAAAAACAUCGGUGUUAAAUCUGUUACUCUGGAAGGCGAUGUAUACGAUCCUUCUGGUACUUUGUCUGGUGGAUCUGCACCUUCCUCUCAAGGAAUUUUAAUAAAGGUACAAGAGUUGAGAGAUAUCGAAAAUCAGAUCACCCAACAUAAGAAAUCGCUCGACGAAGUUGUGAAACAACUCAACGGAGCUAAGAAAGUGAUCGAUCAAUAUAAGAAGGAUAAAAGAGAAUUGGAUUUGAAGGGACAUGAAGUUAGGUUGUUGGAGGAACAGGUCAAUGGAAGUAAUGCAACUAAGAUCGUCGGGGAAGUCGAAAACGCCAAAAAGCUCGUAGCAGAAUUGAAAGAGGUUGUCAAUCAGGCUAAGGAGAAGCAGAAGCAGGCUAGUGCGGAUGUGAAGAAGCUUGAAAAGGAGAUGGCUGAUUUCAAAAACAACAAAGAUUCCAAAUUGAAGGAGAUCAAGGCGGAUAUAGCGAAUAAAAAGAAAGAACUUGGUAAAAAGACUACUCAAGUCAAGACUAGGCAGAAGGAGGUGCAAACUGCUGAACUCGAAUUACAACAACUUGAAAGCGAUCUUGAAGCUGCCAAGGCUGAAGUAGAAGAAGCUCUAGCUGCUCAGGAGAAGACCAAGGCGGAACAUUCCGAACUGAAGAAGACUCUUCAAGCUCAACAAGCCGACUACAAAGCAGCCGAAGCCAAGCUCAAAGCCGAACGAGCCGUGCUGGUAGCGUUCGACAAUGAAAUGGGAGACUUGGAACGUGAUCUAAAAGCUAAGAAACAGGAGAUUGCUGAUGCAGAGCUCAAGUUGAAGAAGUUGGAUCAUGAUAUCGGGGUAGUAGCCAAGGAGCAGAGCUCGGCUGAGAGUCAUAAAGAGAAUCUGGAAAGGCAGUUUACGUGGAUUACAGAGGAACAUCAAUUCUUCGGUAAACCUGGUACACCCUAUGAUUUCCAUGGAGUCAACCUCAACCAGGCUAGAGAACAAUGUCGAGAGCUUGAAGCUGCCCAAAAGGGAUUGGGUAGGAAGAUCAAUACGAAAGUCAUGAAUAUGAUUGAGGGAGUGGAGAAGAAAGAACAAGCCUUGAAGAAAAUGAUGGCUACAGUCUUAAAAGAUAAAUCGAAGAUCCAAGAUACGAUCAUCGAACUGGAUAGGUACAAGAGAGAUGCAUUGAAGAAAACUUGGGAGAAAGUCAAUGGCGAUUUCGGAUUGAUAUUCGAAGAGUUGUUACCUGGAAAUUUCGCCAAACUUCAACCUCCCGAAGGACAAGAUUUGACAGAAGGGCUGGAAGUGAAAGUUAGAUUGGGGAGCGUUUGGAAAGCCAGUUUGACGGAAUUGAGUGGUGGUCAGAGAUCCCUUAUCGCCUUAUCGCUCAUCAUGUCAUUACUUCAAUUCAAACCUGCACCAAUGUACAUCCUCGACGAGAUUGACGCAGCGUUGGAUCUACAGCAUACUCAACAUAUUGGUCAAUUAUUCAGGAACAGAUUUAAAGGAAGUCAAUUUAUCGUGGUUUCACUUAAAGAAGGGUUGUUCACCAAUGCGAAUGUAUUGUUCAGAGCUAGGUUCAGGGAUGGUACGAGUAUUGUCGAGCGAACUGAAAGAAGAUCGAAUAACGCCAUGUAUACUUCCACGGAGGAUAAAGAGAAUUCGCAGGAUGCUGCUACGUCAGGUGGCAAAGGUAAACGUGCGACUGGUGGUAGUAACGCCAGAUCUGCGCUGGCGGUGAGGUAG